AUGGGCUUCGACAUGACCAAGCUGGUUCCUUCAGACCAGGCCUUCUAUGGCAUCAUCCCGGGUACGGGCUCAACUCUGGUUGGCAAGGUCACCCUCCCUGUCACGGGUACCAGGGACAACUACUGCACGGAGUCCAUCAUCUUCGAGGUGGCCCCGUUCGAGACUUUCUACCACGCUAUACUAGGGAGACCAGCUCUCGCCAAGUUCAUGGCGAUUCCCAACCACACAUAUCUUCUCUUGAAGAUGCCGGCUCCAAACGGAGUCCUUUCCAUCCGUGGCGACAUCCAAACAUCUCACUCCUAUGAGACGGAGAACAUCAACACCGCCGAGGCCCUGGAGAGAAGUAACAACCAGGCCAUGGUCGCUCAGGCGGCAAAGGCACUCACAAUGGACCAGCUCCAGAAGCCAUCCAACAACUCGGCGCCAGAGUCCCAGCUGCACCCCAAUAGCCAGACAAAGGCGAUCGUCCUCAGCGACAACCACCCCGACAAGACUGCCUUGAUCGGGGCCGACCUCGACUCUGCAUAG